AUGACUAGGUUGUUCCCAAAAAGCUCAUUUUCCUUAUUUUCCAAUCGUGGGGGGUCUGUUUUCAAGAGAUCAAGCAUCUCCCCCCUUUUUUAUACAAAUGGAUUUUAUACAAAGGAAUCCUAUACAAAGAAAUCCUAUACACUGGGAUUUUAUACAAACGGGAUUUUCAAUCCCUAUUCCAUAUCCGUUCCAUUGGAGAACAGCAAUUUCGCCCCAAUUGGCGACAUUUCCACAAAAAAAUCGUCUUCAAAUCGUCCAAUGGCAUAUUGGCUUUUCGUUUGUGCCGGACUUGUCUUUGGCGUUGUGGUAGUUGGCGGCAUUACUCGCUUGACCGAGUCUGGGCUUUCCAUGGUUGAUUGGUCUUUGUUGCACUUUAAACCCCCAUCAUCUGAAGAAGAAUGGCACUCUUAUUUUGAGAAAUAUAAGCAAUCUCCAGAAUAUAUCCUUUUAAACGACGGCAUUUCUCUUGGAGAGUUCAAAAAAAUAUAUUACAUGGAAUACAGUCACAGGAUGCUUGGCCGUUUGAUUGGAGCUGCGUUUUUGUUUCCGCUGACCUACUUCAUUUUGACAAGGAGAAAAAGCCUUUCAAAAUCAACAAAGAUUUCUCUUACAAUUAUUGGCUCUUUGAUUUUAUUUCAAGGGUUCCUUGGCUGGUAUAUGGUUAAAAGUGGACUUGAUCCCGAAAUUAUCGAGAAAAAAGCAGCACCUCGCGUCUCGCAUUAUAGAUUGGCAGCUCAUCUGACUACGGCGUUUGCAAUAUACCUGCUAAUGCUCCGAACCGGCCUUUCGCUUCUCAAUCCCUCAAUAAUGAUGGAAAGCAGCCAGAGCAUUAGACCACGUAUUAAGGAUCUUUAUGCAAAGCUUAAUGGCAUCGUACAUCUCGUUGGCAUAACCGCGAUAUCUGGUGCGUUCGUUGCUGGUUUGGACGCCGGAUUGAUUUACAACACAUUCCCAAAAAUGGGGCUUCAAUGGAUACCGGACGAUUUGUUUGUCCCCAACAUGCUGCCCUUAAACAACCCAACUUUUGUGCAGUUUUUUCAUCGAGCGCUGGCAAUCUCUUCAAUCUCUUAUAUAUCCUUCGUGUGGCUAUAUGCUCGCCGUAGGCUUCUCCCAUUAAUGGAAACCCCGUCAAGUAAAAGGAUCAUUUCAAGGGCAUUAAACUUACUCAUGGGGGCCGGUAUGGCUCAAGUGGGGCUCGGGAUAUUUACACUACUUUGGAUCGUCCCAGUCCCACUGGCCGCAAUGCAUCAGGCUGGCUCCAUGGUCCUGCUGACGACUGGAAGUUGGGCCCUAUAUGUCCUCAAGAGAAUUUAG